CACAAGAAACGGAACGUUAGUCUACGAUGAUUGCGAGAUAAGUAGCAGACGGUAAUGCAGAAUCGCUUCGUUAAAGUGCGUUAAGAAUUCAAACAUGAUCGUUGCACGAGUUCAAUCGGUUGACAUUUCAAGUAGUGAAAAAUAGCGCGAGACUCUUAAUGACGCGGUCCCUGCCACACUCCACCAAGAGCCAGGUUAGUUCAGACUGCAGAGAAAAAGUGUUGGCCACUACACCGAGAUGGAAAUCGACUGCGGAAACAAAGUGUUGGGAAGGGGAGGUUAUGCCACCGUCUUUGAAGGAGUAUGGGGAGUGAAUCGUCGACCAGUGGCCGUAAAAAGAGUUUUCCUUCACGCCGAAGGAACUCGACAAGAAGAGGAGGCAUUACGAAAACUUGACCAUCCGAAUGUCAUCAAAUUGUUCCACGCUGAAAGUGGCAUAGUCCUCAGAUUUUUUGCUCUGGAGCUGUGCCAAGCCUCGUUGGAAAAACUAUUUUUGAAAGAAGGGGAUCCUAAAAAAUACUGCGGACCAAUGCCUCCCCCACUACAAGUGCUACACCAACUGGCCACGGGACUCGAAUAUAUCCACAGAAUGGAAUUUAUCCAUCGUGACUUGAAACCGGAAAAUGUUCUCAUCUGGGUUGAGCCUAGAACGCAAAAAGUGUUGAUGAAGUGGUCUGGUUUUGGGCUAUGCGAACAUGUUGACGCAACGGGAAGUUAUACCAUAACCGAAAUUAAAGGAACCCUCAAUUAUUUGGCACCUGAAAUUUUAAAAAUGAAAAUGCUAAGAGACACAAUGAAGAGGAAUACUUUAGAACUUCAAAAGGGAACUGUUAAAAGCGACGUCUUUGGUGAAGGCCUCGUCUUUGGUUAUUUUCUUUCAAACGGAAAACAUCCUUUCGGUCGUGAUCACGCUGAAAUUCAGUCAAACAUCAUCAGCCAAAACCCCAUCAAUCUCGAACAAAUAGAAUCGCAAUCCACACGAGAGCUACUUUUGAAGAUGUUGACUGAUGAGCCGGAAAACAGAAUUUCAUCGCCAGAUGUGGUUAAAGCCCUUGAACAAUUGCAAAACUAACGAAAUACAAUUUUGCUACGAGGUGGAUAAGAACAAAUUACAUAUGUGAAUACAUUUACCGGAAUGAGAA